UGUUAAAUGUGUUGUGUGUGUGUGUGUAUAUAUGUGUGUGUGAGUUGUUUAUUUAUUUAAUGCUAUCUCUAUAUAACAUUGAAAUAGGUUUAAUGUACUGAUCUUGUUACUUGUUGUUUUGUCUUUUUUUGUGUGGUUUGUGAGACAGUUAGAGGGGAUAUGUUUUUUGGUUGGAGCUUGGAGCCCGUCUGCUGGUCGAACGCAUACACUGCAGAGAUUUAUGAAUGAACAGUUCUAGGGGAGAUGUUUUUUGGUGGAGCUUGGAGGCCAUCUUCUGGUGGAACGCAGACACUGCAGGGAUUUAUGAAUGAGUGAGAGAGCAUACAAAUAUUUUUACCUGUUUUGUAAUGUUUUAUUUUUUUACAUGACUUAGGAUUAUGAGGGCCACAUAUGGUUGUCUAAUUGUGUAAUUCUCAUGGAUCAAGAGAGUUUUUAACAGAUUUUAAUAUUUUAUGUUUAGAGUCAGCGAAAAUGAUUGGGGCACAGUGCGAAUUAUUGCUAGACAUUCGGAUCUUAACAAAUAUUUUAUUUGAGUUGUAAAUUAUUUACAACUCCCAGCCCAGUUUUUGAUGUACUUUAGAGUUACACAUUAAUAGAAGUUUAAUGAACUCGCUUAUAUUGGAUAAAACAUACAUGAUACACAGUAAUCGUGCUUGGUGUGUUCCACCAUUUGGAUUUCACACGGCUGAUAUUUUCCAUGAGAACAAUGGCUGUGUCUGAGAAACAUAGUUACUCAGAAUACUCCUACUGCUACUACUACUACUACUACUACUACUACUAAUAAGUAUUAUUAUUAUAAUUAUAGUUAUAAUACUAAUAAUGAUUAUUAAAGAUCUUAUUAUUAAGUUUUUAGUUGUUUAUUUGAUUAGUUAUUUAUUUAUUUGCCUGUUCCUACACCUCUCUUAAACGAUAACACUCUGUUAUUUAGAGCUUAUUGUGUUAUAUUACGACACUCAUGUAAGAAGUGAGAGGUUUCUGACCCAUAGCUUAUUUCAAGAGGUUGCGUACAAAUGUGUACGUUUCACCGCAAUUAGAUUAGGACGUUUAUCUUUUACAUAUUAUCAUAUGAAGCUAAACAAAUGAGAUUUCUUUAUUCAGUUGGUUAUCACAAUACACAUAUAUGGUCACAAAAUUGUCAUAUAGUACUUUAUACUAAAGAGCAGAGGAUCUUGCUAGAUGUUUUUGCCUCCCUUCCAUUUGCUAAUGUUGCCCACUGGUGAUCCACUAAGCAGUAAAUAUGUUAAUGCAUUUUAUUGUUAAAAUUAGUUUUUGUUUUUGUUUUUUUGGGACAUUUGAAGGGACACCAUAAAACAGGAAAUAAACGAAACUUCCAAAAAAACAUCUAAAAAUAUAUAUACCUAAAAUAAUAUAUAAACCAAAAAAGAAAUAGAAAAAGAAACCCAAAAAUAUUUAUGAAAUUAUAUGUAUGUUCAUGUAUUUAUUAUUAUGUGUGUGUGUGUGUGUGUGUGUGAGAGAGAGAGUGAGGUCGUGUAUAACCAUAAUAUGCAAUAUUUAUUCUUUAGGUUAUUUCUCUUUUCAAACCACUUUCUUCAGCUUGUCACAGCAUUUAUUUUGUAUUGGAGAGAACAGCAUGAAAAGAUAAUAAUAUUAAGACAUUUUGAAACUCAAUCACGUGGUUCCGUAGAGCAUGGUUGUGUUUUUGAGGCCAGGGACUACAAUCCCCAGCACUAUACAGAGUACAAACGCGGUGACGUCACGGUACGCGUGGCGCAUCGUCGUGACGUUUCGGAAGGCUAUUGGAAAAUAGAAAAAACAGCAACCAAAACAUUAAUCGUUCAGCCGUAGUCUUUUUGAUUGACAAAACAUAAUACGUUUAUGUAUUUUUUUUUUAUGCUAUCUCCAUGUAACAUGUAAAUAUAUUAAAUGUACUGAUGUUGUAACUUGUUGUUUGGUUAUUUUUGUGUUGUUUGUGAGACAGUUCUUUUGUGUUUUUUGGUGGAUCUUGGUCGCCAUCUGCUGGUCGAACGCAGACACUGCAGGCAUUUAUGAACGAUUCUAGGGGAGAUGUUUUUGGUGGAGCUUGGAGGCCAUCUCCUGGUCUAACGCAGACACUGCAGUGAUUAAUGAAUGAGGAGCAAGAGCAGCUACGAUGUCCGGACGCGGCAAAGGAGGCAUUUUUGGCUGCUGGAGCUUCUGAGUGACUGAGGAGAGAGAGAGUGAGGUUAGACCGCGGCGCCUUGCGGUAGCCGCGGUCCAUUCUUUGGCUUUCUGCCAUACGGGGCUCUUUUAGUAGCCUGUUGUAACGCGCUUUAACAGCGUCCUCCCCUUGUCUAGUUGGUGCGCCGCCAUUAUAGACACACACGCCUCCUAUGGCGUCCCAGCCAUUCCUGCGAGACAGAUAUGCUCGUUUUUGGGCCAAAUUAAAAUACGUCGGACCUGGAGAACCGCCCGACAGAACUACAGUUGGACACCUUAUACUGGAUUCUCAAUGGAUUACAGCACAAGAUUUGCUUUCUUUCAUUGCACAGACCAAUAGGAAAGAAUUUGAAGUCUGUUUUCACACUGAACGUGGAUUAAAAGUUUUUAUGGAUUCCUUUACACACAAUCUGUCCAAAUGGAAGGACUUUGAAAUAUUUACUCCCAGCCAUCUGGAAGUCAAGAACAUUUUCGUCAAGUUGUGGACAGGAAGAAUCUGUGACGAGGAUGUGGAGACUUAUUUAAAGAGAUACUGUGACAUUUUGAAACCCGUAGAAAAGCCAGUCGACAAUCUUGGAAUUUGGUACGGGGUUAGAAAAUACACAGUUAAAAUCAAACGAGAUACAAAUGGACAACUUCUAACCAUUCCAAGUUCAUUCUCCCUAGGUCCUUAUAAUGGGAAGAUUUCAUAUCAAGGACAGACCCAAACCUGUUUUAUAUGUCAAUCCUCUAAUCACCAAGCUAAAGAAUGUAAAACCACAAAAUGCUGGCGUUGUGGCACUACAGGCCAUAAACCAAAUGAGUGCACUAACUCUGAGAAAUGUAGCCUGUGUGGCAAGUACAAUCACAACUAUUUCAGAUGCCCUGACUCAUAUGCAAACAAAAUGAAACGAUCCAGAGAAACAGUUCAUGAAGAGAAUGGAAACAAUAUAGAAAACCAAGAAUCAAGACCUGAACAAAGCAUCGAAAAUAAUGAUCCACCACAAGUAACAGAAACCCCUGAGCAAAACGAAGACGAUAAAUCUGCACAAGAAGAUGAACAUAGUGGAAGUGUAAGUGAAGAAGAUAUGUCACAAGGAAGUAAAACUGCAUCCAGUGACCAAGCAACUGAAGGACCUGAAGAGGAAUCAUAUGAAAGUGCAACGGAUGAAGAGUUCAGCUCCGAUUCUCUUACUCCAGUGACCAAGGAGGCCAAGGAAGUCACCAAGACACUUUUACAGAAAGAAAGAAAAGGAGCUACAGGAUCACCUUCAGACAUCUACGCAGAAGGAAAACGGAAACUUCAUACCUCAUCGGAGUCAGAAGGUAUGAUAACAAUCUUACCAACUCAAAAGACUAAAAAAAAAAAAUGACGAUGCUUUGUUUGUUUUUUUUUUUUUUUUUUCCCUUGGUCUAUUUAUUAAUGUUUAAUGAUUGUAGAUAUAUGUGUAAUAAUUUAUAUAAACCAUAAUGUCUUUAUCUCAAAUUACUAUAGCUUCUUGUAAUAUAAGAGGAAUACAAUCUGAUAAAAAUAGAUUAAAAAAAAUUAAUAUACUACUACAACAGAACCUAGAUAUUAUUUGUGUUCAAGAAACAAGAUUAAAAACAGCAAAUGAUAUUAAGGGAGUUUGUGAUCUAUGGAAAAUAGGUCAAUCUUUUUUAUCUAUUGGUCAAAGUACAGCUGACGGGGUUGGAAUCCUUUUCUAUUCUAAUAAAAUAAAUAUUGUUAAAAUAAGAGAACCUUUACCAGGGCGAAUUAUGUAUAUAGAUUUCUAUGUAUUAAAUAAAAAAGUUAGAUUAAUUAAUAUAUAUGCUCCUCAAGAUAUGUCAGGGAAAAUUAAACUAUUUAAUAAAAUUAGACCAUUAUUAUGUGUAGGAUUCCACAUUAUUCUUUGUGGAGACUUCAACGCAGUUACAGACAUUAAAGACAAAAAUCCGAUUAAAAAACUUAAUAUAGGGAGAGAAAAACAUUAUGAUUAAUCAUAAAAUGACUGACACAUAUAGACACUUAAAUCCAUCAGGUAAUGAUUAUACAAGGUAUGAUAAAAUUUUCCAAUCAAGAAUUGAUCGUAUUUAUGUAAAUGAUUCUUUUGAUAUAAAAACAUAUACGAAUAAAUUAAUUGUUGAAUCUGAUCACCUCACAGUCAUUGUUAAAUUGCAAUUUAAAGAUUUAAAUCAUAAAGGUUACUGGAAGUUAAAUAGUCAAAUAUUAAAAAAUGAAGAUGCUGAAAAUGAAAUUAGAUCAGAAAUUCAAAGAAUUUUAACUAUUAAAGAUUUCAUACAAAUUAAUGAUUUUUGGGAACU